AUGGACAGCGGCGCUCGCGGCCUCACCGCCGGGAACUGGGACGCCGCCGGCUUCUGGCAGGUCUGGCAGCGCUUCGACGCCGGGGACACCGGUUCCAUAGAAGACAAGAAGCUGGAUGCGUUCCUCCGCCAGCUGUUGAUGCGAUCGGGCACCGACGAAGCAGUCAUGGAGGAAAAUGUGCAGAGGCUGAGACAACAGUUUACGGCUGCCCACCCCGUCCCGGAAGACGGUCGCGUUCCGAUGGAGCAGCUGGCCGGCAUGUUCUUGUCUGAAGAUGAAAACUUCCUUCUGCUCUUCCGCCGGGAAAGCCCCCUGGGCAGCAGCGUGGAGUUUAUGCGGAUUUGGCGCCAAUACGACGCGGACAGCAGUGGCUUCAUUUCGGCCGCUGAGCUCCGGGACUUCCUCCGUGACCUCUUCCUCCACCAGAAGAAGGUCGUUUCCGAGGGGAAGCUGGCGGAGUACACAGAGACGAUGAUGAGGAUCUUCGACAGAAACAGCGACGGCCGGUUGGAUCUCAACGACCUGGCCAGGAUUCUGGCUCUGCAGGAGAACUUCCUUCUGCAAUUUAAAAUGGAUGCUUGCUCCACAGAGGAAAGGAGGAGGGACUUCGAGAAAAUCUUCGCUCACUAUGACGUCAGCCAGACCGGAGCCCUGGAAGGCCCCGAGGUGGACGGGUUUGUGAAGGACAUGAUGGAGCUUGUGCAGCCCAGCAUCCGCGGGGCGGACCUGGACAAGUUCCGGGAGGUUCUGUUACGUCACUGCGACGUGAACAAGGAUGGGAAGAUUCAGAAGUCCGAGCUGGCCCUGUGUCUUGGGCUAAAAACCAACCCCUGAUCUGCAGCCGCCUGGCCCUUUGUGCUCCGCGUGUUUCUGUGCUCCCGCUGGGACAUCGCGCCUGCGCUUCGCUGUGGGGGACAUGCGCUCAAACGCACAUUUGCUGUGAAGGGCCCUGGGCCCCUCUUUUGAAUGACCCUGUGUUUCCCGGCCUCCCCAAAAGCCCCCAUGCAGGGUGUAUGUUCUUUCCCCUUUGACCUCAGGCUUCGUGUC